CUCCGGAGGACCACUAACAGGACUUUGACUGAGUCCUCGUCCUACAGACUUCAGCGCACAUUUAACAAGAUGGUAGGACUGAAACCAUCCGACGUACCGCCCCCUCUGGAGGUAAAGGUCCUGAGCGCUGGAAUAGCUGCCUGCAUCGCUGACCUGGUGACCUUUCCCUUGGACACAGCCAAAGUCAGAUUACAGAUCCAGGGUGAGAAAGCUGCAGCGGAAGUUGUCAAGAGCAUUAAGUACAGAGGGGUGUUUGGGACGAUCAGCACUAUGGUGCGGACGGAAGGACCGCGGUCCCUCUACAACGGGCUGGUGGCAGGCCUGCAGCGCCAGAUGGCCUUUGCCUCAAUCCGCAUUGGACUCUACGACAAUGUCAAACACUUCUACACUGGCAAUAAAAACAACCCUGGGGUUGGCGUGCGGAUCCUUGCCGGAUGCACCACUGGAGCCAUGGCGGUGUCGAUAGCGCAGCCCACGGAUGUGGUCAAGGUGCGUUUCCAGGCCCAGAUGAACUUGAAGGGUGUCCAGCGCAGGUACAAUGGCACACUGCAGGCCUACAGGCAGAUCUUCCUACAGGAAGGCCUCAGAGGCCUCUGGAAGGGCACACUUCCGAACAUCACAAGGAAUGCCCUGGUUAACUGCACGGAGUUGGUGACCUACGACCUCAUCAAGGAGGCCAUCCUGACACACAGGCUCAUGACAGACAACCUGCCCUGCCAUUUUGCGUCUGCUUUCGGGGCGGGGUUCUGUACAACCGUGAUCGCCUCGCCGGUGGACGUAGUGAAGACGCGGUACAUGAACUCUCCGCCCGGCCAGUACACGAGCGCUGUCAACUGUGCCUGGACCAUGCUCACCAAAGAAGGUCCCACAGCAUUCUACAAAGGAUUUGUCCCCUCAUUCCUGAGACUGGGCUCCUGGAAUGUGGUCAUGUUUGUUUCAUUUGAGCAGCUGAAGAGGGCAAUGGUGGUAUCCAGACAGAGUGUAGAGAUCACCGCGUAACAAAUCGCAAUUCAUCCAGCCACCAAUCGAGGUGCAACAACUUUUAAGAAAAGCACACAAAGGCAUGGAACCCUAAGCUAUGCAGCCUUACAAAAACAGGCCAUCAAAACCGCACACAGCGGAUGUUGUCUCACUGCUGUGAAGCCUUCGUUCAGGUUGUGCUUAUUUAAAUGAAUUUUCACUCGACUUGCCAGGGAUCUUUCACACGAGGGACUGGAUUCGCACAACAGGAUCAGCUUUUCUUCAACAAAACACGGAAUUAAAGAAAGAACCACAAAUAUUUGUACUGGCGAAGGAAAGCUAUUUUUAAGAACUCGGCCGUUGUUUGAUUUACAUUUGCUUUCUAACGUUGCUCAUGUUAAAUGCCUCUUGAAGACACGAAGACACGGGACCUAAGGAAGCAGUAAAUUCAGGAAGAUGAAAUAUCUUCAUCCUUCAUGGUAAUCCACCUGAAAGAAACACACCAGAGUGAAAUUAAAUAUUUAAGAGGCAUAGCAUCUGCAACAUGCAAUUAGUUUUACAAGUGUAAAAAUAUUGCAUAAAAGAAAAAAAUAAGAAAGAAUACUGAAGCUGUGUUAGUUUUCAUAACAUACUGUAUGUAUUUAUAACUAUCUCCUCCGGGUGGCAAUAAUGUUCUUGGAAGCGAUGGAACCCAAGCGCUAA